AUGUCGCUAAACCAGAACCUCGGGCAGCAAGAGACCGGUGUCACCACUACGGGUCAGCACUUCGGCCGGGCGACGCGAGACCAUUAUGAGCAAGAUGACUGGGCGUUGACCCUCUUCAACUCCAGCGCCCGCGAGAUUGUCAUCAGCCCGGAUCCGGUGGACCGCAAGAGACAACCAGCCGAGCCAGCUUUUAUUCGUCCCACGCAGGAUAGCUUAUAUCUGAGUGGGCUAUUUACUAUCCUCCACUCGAUCCCGCUGGCUCGGGAGGCUCUGCUACUGCGGAACAAGGUCCUCUCCAACUAUGGUUACGAUGCACAGUGGUGGAACGGACAACCAAUCUAUCUCCCUAAAAUAGUGUCGAUACAUGAUGCGCAGGACGGCAACACCGAGUGGGACGAUAUCCUUUAUGAAAGCCAGAGAAUUGUCGCCUUCCUGGAUUGCACAACCCGGGCUUUUGGCAGCACCGACGCACUGGCCGGCCUGAAACGAUUGGAGACAUAUGGUUCGAGCAGUGCUGUAGGAACAUUUCUCGAGGCAUGGCAGGAAGCAGCUGUUGCUGCUGACCCUGGAAACCCCUUGGCCACAGUCUUUUCGUCAAUGGCGUAUAAACGGCCGCCAAAAACGGACGACAGUUCAGCCACCGAGCAGGAGGCAUCGAUCGAUGAGGAGCCGAUUGAUAAGGAAUUUUUCACCCUGGAACCGUAUGUAGAACCGAUCCAUGGCCAAACACUCUAUGAUGUUCUAGAUGGUACCAUGUGGUCAGACACACCAGGGGAGGAGCUUGACGACGUGUGGCUAGAGCAUGUCGCGGAUGUUCUCACUAUUCAAUUAGACAGCGUUGACACAACAGCAAAGGCGAUUGACGUGAGGAUCCCAGCAACUUUUUACCCCGAUCGAUAUCUCGCUAGCUGCAGAGAUAUUGCGCGUGAAUACCGUCUUCAGAGGCUCAAAAUUCGCGAGGACGUUGUCAAGCUACGAAGCCUCAUGGAUCGCCUCUCCAUCGGGUCCGGUUUAUCCAAAGGCGUCACUUCGAGAGAAGCUCUGGAAAAGGCCGCUGAUGCUGCAGCUUCUCUUGCGCCCCAAACUGAGUCAAACGAAGACAGUACUAGUGUUGAAAAACUAGCUCUUCAACUGAAGGCCAUUUCAAGGAAGAUAGAAGAUAAACUCAAAGAACUCGAGAGUCGGCAACAACAGGCCCUGGAGAGUCUGAAGAACUACUCCAAAUACCUGACGGAACCUUCAACUUCACCAGGCGAACCGCCAGUCCACAAGUAUACACUGAGAGGAGUCUGCACUGAGCCUCAUGUGACAUAUGUUCUGCGGCGGAGCCCUCCAAACGACACCACCAAGCCCAAACCUGACGAUUACGAGUGGUGGCGCAUCAGCUUCUCUGUGGACGACGCAAAAUCCAGACAAGCACAAACCGGCCGCCCAGCUCCAAGAGAUGCAGAUGUAAUUGGGUAUACUGUACGAAAGGUUCGGGAGGUCGAAGUCCUCCGUGCCGCACGGGAAGAGUCCAAGAACGUCUUGCUGGUCUAUGCCAACAGCAAUGCGAUGAAUUGCAAGGAGGAGCCAGCCCCUGCUCCUCUUCAGCGAUUCGUAUCCGAUGACAACGCCGCCUUUGAAAAUGAGCUCCAGGAGUGGGAGCAUAACGCCGAUACAAGACAAAACGCUGAUACCCAGUGGGAGCGAACGGUCGGUUCUCGGCCAGCGUACCCCUCUCCCUCAAUUGGGCAAGAAGAUGUGCCCGCUAGCAAAGUCAAUGUCUUUGACUAUCAGGUUGCCUCAUUUGAUGACGAUCCCGCGGAAGGGCAGGAAAUGCAAGAGAGAGGAGUGCGGCCGUUACUCGGUCAAGCUGGAAGUCAUGGCCACCAAGCUCCCCGUUCGUCCUACCAAAACACGAACCCCAACCUGCCCAGUUAUCUCACACCUCUUCUCCAAAGGAUGUCCUCCGAAUCCGAUACACAACUAGAAACAACCGCCUCCUCCACUCUCUACCUGCUAGAGUCCCGACUCAACCGCCUCACAUACCUCCUAACAGGAGACACAGCAUGGACCGGCACGCCCAACCCCCCGCCGAAACCGUCGUCCUAUGAUGAGACAGUUUCGAGGCGCCUACAGAGAUUAGAAAGUGAGCUUGAGAAUCUAGCAGGGAAGGUUGGUGUCGUUAGGGAUAUUCUGGGGUUGUACCUUUUCAGAUCAACAUCAACUUUGUCGCUACCCACCUCCACAACCGAUCAGACAGACACCCCGGAAACAACCCAGCCCUCAGACCCGGAAACAGAACCAUCGCCCCCCCUCCAGAUUAUGCUUAGCAUAAUCCUCUCCUACGCGUCUCUGAUUUCUGAAACAGCCUCAAGGCUAACAAGUCUAACCGACACGCCCAUUCCGGACGCGUCCUUAUCCGCGAGCUUGAUCGCCCUGCAACCGCGGAUGAAUCAGUUAGCAGCGAAACAAGACGAGCAGAGUAGGGAGAUUGCUGAAUUGCGAGUGCGAACCGCGAAGGUUUUGCAGAGAUAUUAUGAGGUCAGUUUGCUUGGGGGUGGUGAGGUCUGGGGGGAGUGGGAGGGGCGGAUGGAGAGGGUAGAACGGGAGGUGAAGAGGGUGGAGGUUGCAAGGGGACGAGAGGGAAUCUAA